AUGGUUCGUACAAAGCAGACCGCUCGUAAAUCGACCAAAAACUUCACGCCUGUGAAGAAGCAGCAUAAGAAGUCGCCAUCCUCUAAGCAUCCUGACCACAAAUGUGUUCCUUAUUCAUAUCGAGAUGAGGUUCGUCAUCGCUACCGUCCUGGAGUUGUGGCCCUACGUGAGAUUCGUCGAUACCAGAAAUCUACUGAGUUGCUGAUCCCAAAGCUGCCCUUUCAACGUCUCGUACGGGAAGUUGCUCAAAAUUUGAAGGUCAAUGUCGGCUUUCAGUCGGCUGCCAUUGCAACUCUUCAGGAGGCUUCCGAGUCCUAUCUUGUUGGCCUAUUCGAAGAUACCAACUUGUGCGCUAUACACGCAAAUCGUGUAACCAUCAUGCCCAGGGACAUCCAGCUGGCUCGUCGUAUCCGUGGCGAACGUACAUAA